AUGGAGCUUACCUGGCUCGCAGAUACACCCCAAUCACGGAACAGGACUCGCGCCUUGCGAGCCUGUUCCACAUGCCAACGGCGGAAGAAACGCUGUCGGCACCUCCCACAUCCGUCAGAAUGGGUAGAUAAAAAAAUACAGUCAUCCAAUCUACCAGGGCAGAUCAUAUCGAAUAAUGAUUUGAUCCCGCCUUCGGAUUCCAAUGCCCAAACCCAGCUACCAGAAGAUCCGGCCAUGCGGUCACUACCGAGUACAGAGCGAUUUGUCGGAGACUUGAACCCUGAAGCCCUGAUCCGUGAGCGACUAGAUGAGCCGGCCGGUAGCCCUCUGAAGAACCGUAUUGGCGUUUGGCUCAGAACCCCAUCAACGCAGGAUUCCGGGGCAACCGUGCAGGGUCACCAUGAGACCUCUCGCUCAGAAAAUAGACACACAAUCUCGACAUUAUUGCAACAUCGAUACACCUCGGCAUUAACAGCAUGUAACCGCCUCCCCGCAUCUACUCGAGAACCUCUCAUUGCCAUAUAUUGUUCCAAGGUCAAUCCCAUCAUCCCCUUGUUGGAUACAUCUGCAUUCCUCGAGGCUCAGGAUGAUGGUGUUGUCUCUGUGUUCCUCGAGAGGGCCAUAUGUCUUGUUGCAGCCAAAGAUCCCACAGCAAGUCCCUAUCUCCGCUUGACAGAUCAUGGAGCUUCCUUGUCGUCACGCCAAUUCUGCUCAGAACUCUACAAGGGACUGGCUGUGGCUAUGGACGCUCUGCUAGAGCCCGAUCGCGUGACUCGCAUUCGGGUCCUUGCACUCAUGUCUUUGCAUUGUGAAGGCCAUGAGGGGGCCGAGGCAGCAUCAUCGCAUCUUUGUCAAGCAAUUCACCAAGCGCAGACGAUUGGUUUGCACCUUGAUCGACCUGAUAGGGCACCCGCUGAUCCUCUAGCCCAGCUUUUCUGGAGCCUGUGGACAUUAGAUAAAAUGCAUGCCAGCAUUGGUGGCCGGCCAGUCCUACUAGCUGAUCGUGACAUCGGCGCAGAGAAGCCGAGGAGCACAGAGGCUGCUGGGGCAUUUGGUGUGGGUCUGAACUGUAUCUUUAUCGAAACACCCACAUGUCUUAUUCUCUACUUAGGACUUCUGGAGUUAUAUUACCAUUCCGUUGCCAUUCUGUCAUGCCGGCACAAACCAAACGACAGUCUCGAUAAUACCCGUAUCUCGUCUAUUCGACAAGGACUCGCAGCGGUCCGAGUCCAUUCCAUUGUGGCAUCGGAGGGUACGGGGGAUCUUCCUCCGUUACCCAUCGUGCCGUAUGCAGUUGCUCUCUCCAUGGGAGUGGCAUACCGCCAGCUCCGGUCUAGCAAGCUAAUUACGCACUCCAAGCGGGCCAAAGCUAGUUUGGAGGCAUGUUGCACGUUGCUUGAGAGCCUGAGCUCUCAGUGGUACUCCGCCGAGGCCAUGGCUCGUCUAGGGCGAAAAGCAUUGCAGCAGACAGAACGCGAUCAAGCAACUUCCAAUCCCGAGCCACCUCGAGACUCCAGAUCGGGCCCCCGGCAAGGACCGAGCGGACCUCCCGUGGAGGAGGAAUCACUUGCCUGCGAAGACCGUGUGGUAUCUGACGGGACGGCAGUUCCCCAGAUGCAUGACUUGGGUACGAGCAUGGGCCCGAUUCCCGAAAUUCAGGACCCAGAUGUGAACAUGGCCGGGUUUGCGGAAAUUGACACAUUGUUCGGGGAGUUCCUGGACCUCUCAUUACCCACGAACUUCUGGGACCCUAUUUUUGCAGAACAGGACCCGAGUGGUCCAUGA